GCUCGUGCUGGACUCUUUUCGGUGCUCGUUCAGUUCAGCUCGUUCUGCUCUUGUUGGGGUAACGUUAACGUUAAACUUAGUACUACACCGCUUUGAUUAUGGCUUUCUUCGGAAUCACAUAUCUGGGCUAUCAGAACCCUGUUGGGGACAGGAUGUUACCAUCUGCCCAAAACAAACUAGAUACGCGAGACUCAUCGGACCUGCGUCUUGGCAGCCAGAGCAGAUAUCAGGAUAUCAGAAGCGUUCGGGGGUCUCCUAAAGAACUGUAUCGUGUACCUGUGACGGACAACCAGCAGUAUGGUUGGUGGGUUCCCACUGGAGGCGUGAAGAACCAGGAGCCUUGGACUCGAACCCGUCACUUCCCACGAAAAAACAGCGAAAUGACAAAGUUUGUGAAUGAGAUGUCAAUGACCUACCCAGACUUCAGCUUGUUUUGAUCCCUGAUCCAUGAAACUAUAAUGAUCAUUGAUCACUAUCCCAUAAUGCUUCAACACUACAGUGUGUCACGUUGCCUUGCUGAACAAGAGGUGCUGAGGAUAUGCAAAUGUAACAUUGCCAUAUUGUUUUGAGAAUUUAGUGUAAUUUAGUCCCAUACUGUAUGUGCUAGAUGUUAUUCUUUGCAUAUACCUGUAUAAUGGCGGCAAAAUCCAGUAUUAAUUAAACAAUGAAAUAAUUUUGACUAAACUUUAAAUUAUUUUUUGAAUAAGUUUUUUUGAAGACCCCUUAAUGUUUUGUUUCUUCUUUCAUUUUAUCAGAAAUGGACUAAAAUGCUGAAAUAACUGAUCUAGGAUUAGAUGUUAAGUUACCUUUAGCAUUGGCAUUUGAAUUAAUAAAUGGUUCAACUCACCCAAUGUAUAAAAUAUUUACUAUU